AUGAGCCUGCAGGGCACCAGGAAGGGGGUGAAAGUGACGGGCAAACAUGUACACCGUGUGGACUGGGCCUGCAGAACAGGAGGUCCAUCCAUCGUCCACUCUCCCGCCAGCACCCCUUUACCUCCACCCGCCCCCACCCUGAUCUCCAUAGCCCCCCUGCCUCACAGGCGCCCGGAGACAGCCGAUGAUCCCGAGGUAGACAAACCUGCCUCGGGGAAGGAUUGGACCACAAAGGGGCCCUCUCAAUACCGCGCGUCCUUCAGGGAUUCGGGACUCCCCCUUCAGACCACGGAGGAGCUGAAGACCAUGCUGAGGGACAGUCCUCUGCUCAGCCCCGGGGGAAUAGACGGCUGGAAGCCAGGGAGUCCUUACACCUACCUGCACGGAAGCAGCAGCGCCGAAGGGAUCGGGAGGCCAGACGCGCGUCAGGACAACGAGAGCCCCGGCAGGACGUUCAGCACCUUCAAACCCCAUUCUGACGCUUCCAGAAGAGGGCCCGUGCCCAGUGACGGCACGUCUAUUCAGCAGCCUUCCGUCGUGGAUUCAUCCAGCUCAGUCAGGGCAAACAACAACACAAAUAGGCAGCCUGUAGUUGGGGACGACUCAUAUGCAAGCGGCGGCUCCUGUGGAGAGACUGGAGCUCCUCAUACAGAUAACGGAAACGAGACUGUGAAGAUCUUUGGAAACCAGAAGUUCAUGACAGCCAUGGAGCAGAUCAAGCAACAGAUUGCCAGAGAAGACAUCAACUUUGUCCGCUUUGAGGCAACCGACCUCCACGGGGUGUCCAGGUCCAAGACUGUGCCAGUCCGCUUCUUCCAUGAGAAAGCGGUGUACGGGGUACCGAUGCCGAGAAGCUACUUGGAGCUCACUCUGAGCCCUAAGAGCAACGAGGUAGACAACGCCAACGCAGCCAACUUCAGCAGUGACGUGCUUCUGAUCCCCGACCUUUCGACCUUCAGAGUCUUACCCUGGGCGGAGCAGACCGCCCGAGUCAUCUGCGACCCCUGCACUGUGAAGGGAAGCUCCCUUCGCACUUCUCCUCGCCUCAUCGCCAAGCAGCUCCUUAGCCAGUUGCAGAGCCUGGGGUUCUCCCUGCAGUCGUCCUUCACCUACGAGUGCUGCGUCCUGGGAGCGCCGGACCGGAUCGGACCGAAGACUCUUCUAUUCCCGGCCACCACCCUGCUGGGCAACCACGACCUGCCUUUCUUCCAGCAGCUGGUGGACAGCAUGUACUGCAUGGGCGCCGACAUAGACAGUAUCGCGUCUGCCAGCGGCCCCGGUCAGAUGGAGAUCAACUUGAGGCCGGAGUUCGGGAUCGGCGCUGCAGACAGCGCCUUUACCUUCCGCACCGGCAUCAAAGAGAUGGCUCGCAAGCACAGCUACAUUGCCAGCUUCUUCGCCGAUGACGGGUUGUACAACGCCGGGGUGCUCUCUCACAGCCUGUGGGAUGCCAACGGACGGCAGAGCCUCUUCGUCAGCGGAGACAAGGCCGUCGAGCUAUCCGAGAUCGGCAGGAAGUGGCUGGCCGGGCUCCUUGUCCACUCCGCCGCCCUGAGCUGCCUGAUGUCGCCCGGCCUCAGCUGUCGGAGCCACAUGGCCAAGACGAUCAAAGACCCCAAACCAAUGCUCUACGCCACGUGCGGCUGCAACGACAACAGCACCUCCUUCAACAUCAAGUGUCACGGCGGGAGGGAGACGCACAUCGACAACAAGCUGGGCUCGGCAAUGGCCAACCCUUACAUUGUGCUGGCCGCCACUGUGGCCGCGGGACUGGAUGGCAUCCGGCGGAACCUGAACUUUGACGGCGGUCUUGACAAAGCCCCCAGCCAGCAGAAGGACUUUGCCGUCCCUGUGAAGCUGGACGAUGCUCUAGAGGCGCUGGGGGAGGACCACGUCAUCUGCAGCACCCUCGGUGAACCGUUUGUUCAGUAUUUCAUCGCCAUGAAAAAGUUUGAGAUUGAGACUCAAGAGCUGGACGAUGAGCGGAACAAGUGCCUGGAGUAUUUCAUCUAGACACCCUCUCUGUUUUAUGGUACUGCCGCACAAAUGAAAUAGCUUCAAUAGCUUUUUUCAUUUGACAUAUUAUGUUGAUACUUUAUUAAGAUAAGAAAACCCCGGAAUCUGCAUGAUUAUCACAUGGAUUGUUGAUAUUUUUCAAUUAUUUCAAAAUAAAGGUAUAAGUACUCCCUCAA